GGUCUGCUAUCCUUCGUAACAUGCUAACUUUUCUUGAACCUUCUUCCUGUCUGUAUUCAGUUCCAAAAUACAUGAACUUCUAACCUCUCAAUUCUUUGACUAUGCUUGUCCAAAACACUCUUAUUUUGAUAGCUUUUUCUGUUUUGCGUUUAGUUAUUGCAAGGGUGAAUCCUAGGGAGCUUCGCCUAAGUUUUUUAUAUCCUUUAACGAGCAAAACAGAGAGUAUCACAGUCUCUCUUCCGUUCGGCUCUGCUUUUACGGUCGCACUGGACGCCAUAAACAACAACUCGACGGCAUACGGAUUUCCUUUUACAAAACUCACUUUUCUGUGGAAUGAUACGCAGUCUUUGGAAACCGUGGCUUUAAAGGCUAUGACAGAGCAUUAUAACAAAGGAGUAGACGUUUUUAUAGGACCUGGAGAUGAGAACGACUGCAUUACUGCAGCUAGAAUGGCAGCUGUUUGGAAUAUCCCAAUUGUCUCUUAUUUUUGCACGAAAGACGCAGUUUCCAAUAAAGCCCUGUUCCCUACAUUUGCUCGAACGAGACCUCCCAAUGCCCAAUCCAGUAAAAGUGUCUUGGCUAUCCUAAAGAGGUUCGACUGGAGAGUAGUCGCUGUUCUUUACUGCAACCCAGCAUUAUGUACUAAUGAUAUGGGCUGGCUUCGUACGAAGAAAGACAUGAAAAACGUAUUCAAUGCUCAUGGGAUAAAAGUCUCGUAUGAAGAUAUUUUACCACAGGAGCAUGAGAAGAACAAGACGAGAGUUAUUUUGCAGGAGAUAAAGAAAAAAGCAAGAAUCGUAAUCCUAUCAGCUAGUAUAUCAUACGUCCAGUCAUUUCUAGUUGCUGCCCAAAGAAAAGGCAUGACGAAUGGCGAAUACGUUUACAUCAUCAACGAACUGACCUAUGAGUACCUGACAUUCACGUCACGUGACGGAUGGUGGGAGGGAAUGACCGGACUUCACAAGGACGUUGCAGAGAAGGCUUUUCAUUCGGUGCUGGCUCUAGUACCCAGACCCUACAAUAGAACCAAAUACGCACGGUUCGAGAAACAUGUGAUUGAAAAGUUCAAGGAAUACCCUUUUAAUAACGGAAAAGAGCAACAAAUAGCUUUGUAUUACUCUGCUUAUUUAUAUGACGCUGUUUAUCUCUACGCCUUGGCCGUGAAUAAAACAAUUGCUCAAGGACUGGACCCUAAAAAUGGAACCGCUGUGUUUGGGAACAUUCGAGAAACUAGCUAUCAAAGUAUAACGGGAUUCGACGUUCGCGUAGAUAAAAAUGGCGAUGCGGAAUUCAACAUGACAUUGUUUAGUCUCCAGAAAAAUGAACGAGAAGAAAACGAAAUGCUUGAAGUCGGUGAACUUUUUAUCGACUCCAACGGCAGUCAAAUACUAGAACUGCAGAAGAACAAGACACUCACGUGGUCUGACACGGGGCAAACACGCGUGCCCGCAGAUUCACCAGAAUGCGGUUUCAACCAGGAGUUGUGCCCUAUAUCAAAACCGACUCCCGAGAAAGACAAUAGUUUAACGUACCUGAUCGUAACGCUUGUAAUCUGCUUUGCUCUGAUUGUGACGAUUUCCAUUCUACUGGUAAUAAUCUACAGGAAAAGAAAGUUCGAGAAAGAGCUGACAAAGCUUACGUGGAAAGUGAAUUACUCUGAAAUAAAGUUCCAUACUCCAGCAUGGAAAAGCAGUCGAACACGCCCUUCAAUUGUGAAUAGUAUAUCUUCCUUCUAUGGCUGUUCACCUCGACAGCUCCGCAAUGCACACGUUGGUAGAUAUAAGGCAACGCACGUUUAUGUAAAGAAGUUUGAAAGAAACCAAGUCGAGAUAUCAAGAAAUGAACUCCUUGAACUAAAACAGGUCUAUGAACUACACCACAACAAUUUAGCAAGAUUUGUCGGCGCAUGCGUAAAGCCACCCCAUAUCUACACGUUGAUAGAAUUUUGUUCUCGAGGUAGCAUUCAGGACAUAAUAAUGGAUGACAACAUUAAGCUUGAUUCGAUGUUUAUUCGUUCUCUUGUUGCGGAUAUUGUAGAGGGCAUGAUAUUUCUUCAAUCAUCUGAAAUCAAAAUCCAUGGCAACCUGAAAUCCUCGAAUUGUUUGGUCGAUGGUCGUUGGGUGUUAAAGAUAACGGACUUUGGACUUUGGUCUUUGAAAAACGAACCCAAAAAACGUGAAGCGAAAGAACUGUUAUGGACUGCUCCAGAAAUGCUGCGGUCAGGAGAAGAGAGCGCAACACAAAAGGCAGAUGUGUACAGCUUUGCUAUCAUACUACAGGAAAUGGAAACAAGAACGCCACCGUUCUACGAGUACUGCUUGGAUGUCGAAGAAAUCAUUGAUCGCGUCAAGGUCACCAACAGCAAGAACCCCUUCAGGCCAAAGGUCGCACCAGCCUCAAAGUUUGAUGACUUGUGCAUGUUGAUGACAUCAUGUUGGUCUGAAGACCCGGAUGGCAGGCCAAGUUUUCAAGAGAUCAAAAAAAUCAUAAUAACCUUGCAAGGCGGGAAAAAGGAGAAUAUUGUAGACAAGGUUAUCUAUCUCUUGGAAGAUUACUCGUCACAUUUAGAGGAUCUCGUGAAGGAGCGUACUGAACAGUGGAUGGAAGAGAAAAAAAAGACAGAGGAACUUCUCCAUAACAUGCUACCAAAAAGCGUCGCUGACCAGCUGAUCGCAGGCCUACCAGUCAAGGCAGAUUACUUUGAAGAAGUUUCGAUCUUUUUCAGCGACAUUGUUGGUUUUACGCCUUUUUGCUCUUUGAGCUCUCCAUUACAAAUUGUAAAUUUUUUAAAUGAUUUGUACACGUUGUUUGACAGCGUCAUAGCUCACUACGAUGUAUAUAAGGUUGAAACUAUUGGUGAUGCGUACAUGGUGGCCAGCGGUCUCCCUAUACGUAAUGGUCACGAGCAUGCGCGUCACAUAGCUGAUAUGGCACUUGAUUUAUUACAUGCGCAGAAGAAGUUUGUAAUUCGUCACAGACCGAAUGAGAAACUCGAGCUCAGAAUUGGAAUACAUAGCGGAGCCGUCUGCGCAGGCGUAGUAGGUAUUCGUAUGCCUCGUUAUUGUUUGUUUGGUGACGCUGUAAACAUGGCGUCAAGGAUGGAGUCUACUGGAGAAGCAUUAAAGAUUCAUAUCAGCAAGGAAGCAAAGUCCUAUCUUGAUAGAUUUGGUGUAUACGAUAUCACAGAAAGGGGCAAUAUUCUUCUCAAGGGAAAAGGACACGUGGUCACUUAUUGGUUGAACGGUCGAACACCACGUGACCAAAUGACGUGCUUGUCUCCCAGAGCAACCACGGCCAAGAGUGUAUCAGGCGAAGAUGACUCUGUUUCAUGAUCCAGAUGUCAUGUAAUGCUAUUGAAAUAAUCUCGCGUAUUUAGCCUUGACAUUUCCAGAGUAGAGUCAAAUCUAUUGUCGCAUUUGGUUUGUGCCGUAUAUCUUCAUUUAUCUCAAACAACUUAAAAUUGAAUAAGUGUUUGGAAGCCGAGUUAAAAUUCAUAGUUAUGAUUCAUCAGCUUUUUAAUUAUAAAUCAAGCCAAGCUUUCGAGCAUCUUGCUCUUCACUUAAAAUUAUUUUGAAAGCGCAGAUGCAUAUAUUUCUUUUGCGCAUGCACAGGCAUUCACAACUUUGAUGCGGUUUCCUGCGCAUGCUUGGAAGAAAUUUGACUGAGAUAGAUAUAUAUAGGUGGUAGCUAACGAUACAGUUAUUUUCCUCGUCUGCAGACAUUAAAUACGGAAAAAUCGAUUCUAUAGUAAAACAUUAGCGUCAGUCCGCGUUAUGUUUAUAGUCGUUACCAUGGUAAUAGGAAUUUUGGCCGCUAUCCCUGCUCAAUCCUUUAAAACAACAGACGUAAGCCCAUCAUGUUCAGGUAUUGUCAAGUCAAUUAAGAUGAACUAGAUACAGGUUUCAAGUGGUAUAGAUCACAACAGUAAAUUGAAACCAAAUGAAGUACCUUUUGAAGGGCCGCGAUCUCUGACGUCCGCAGGAAUAACACUCGUCUAUGACAUCUUGAACUGCGAUAUGCUCUACUGAAAAACCAUCUAGUGAUAAACAAAUAGAAAUGAGGUUUAGAAAAUAAGAGUAAUAAAUUAUACUAAUCAUAUUCUAAAAUGAAAUUCGUAUAUUAUUUUUUUGGAAAGAAGAGUCUGUUGUGAAAUUUCCUCAAUGGCGCAAAUCACGCAAAAACCAAAAGUAUAAAGUAAACUAUUCGUCGUAUUCAAUAAAUCGAGAGAAACCGAAA